GCCGCGCUUCUGCUGGCUCCCCUUCUAGUCUCUCUCGCGCGCGCCGCCCCUUUCCUCCCCCAGGGCUGCGCAUCGGUGGGGGGCGAGCCGAAGGAAAGGCGUCGCAAUAGCGGCUGGCAGGCAGACGCAUUCACGUGCGCCAGCAGCAGGGCGUGUGCAGCAGCAGCAGCAGCAGCAGCAAAAGCCUCCCUGCCUGCAGAGCCCGCGACAAGGGCCCCCCGGGAGCGUUUGGAUGCCCUUCCCGGGGCUGGGAAGCAGGGCAGGCUCUUAGGAGUAAUCUUAACCGUCAUUGCAGUCCCAACAUCUUGGUCACUGGGUGUCUUCUCCACUGGUGUCCGCAGCGAGCUGCAGAGAGGAGCUCCCCUUCUGCUCCCCCCACCUGGUGCCCCGGUGAAGGAGAGUACUAUGGACCAGCUGUUGAGUCUCCUCAACCUGAACUUCUCAGAGCAACUGAACCUGCUGGAGGAAAACGAGAUGUGCAGCGACUCUGUGGGAAAUGGCACCUUCCUGAUCGUUGCUUACAGCGCGGUCAUCGCGGUGGGGCUGAUUGGCAACCUCUGCCUGGUGUGCGCCAUCGCCCAGCAGAAGGAGAUGAGGAACGUCACCAAUAUUUUCAUUGCCAACCUCUCCUGCUCUGACAUCCUCAUGUCCCUGGUCUGCAUGCCCAUCACGGUCAUCUACACUUUGAUGGACCACUGGAUCCUGGGAGAGGUCCUCUGCAAGGCCAGCCCAUUUGUUCAGUGCAUCUCGGUCACCGUCUCCAUCCUCUCCCUGGUCUGGAUUGCCUUGGAGAGGCACCAGCUGAUCAUCAACCCUACCGGGUGGAAGCCAGCAGCCAACCAUGCCUACUUGGCCGUGGCCCUUACAUGGGUGGUGGCCUGCUUUGUCUCCCUCCCCUUGCUCUCCUUCACCGUCCUGACCAACGAGCCCUUCCAGAACCUCAGCCUCCCCUUCGACUCCUUUGCCAACCACAUGGUCUGCAUUGAGCGUUGGCCUUCGGACCAGCAUCGCCUGGCCUACACCACCUUUCUCCUGCUCUUCCAGUACUGCCUGCCCCUGCUCCUCAUCAUGGGCUGCUACUUCCGCAUCUUCCUGCGCCUCCAGCGCCGCAAGGACAUGGUGGAGCGGGCCAAGGAUGGCUCCCGGGCCACCAGCCACCGGAAGGUUAACGUCAUGCUGGCCUGCAUUGUCGUGGCCUUUGGCGCCUGCUGGUUUCCCCUCACGGUCUUCAACACCCUCUAUGACUGGGACCACGAGAAGAUCUCGGUGUGCUAUCACAACUUCAUCUUCUCCCUCUGCCAUCUCAUGGCCAUGGUGUCCACCUGCAUCAACCCCAUCAUUUACGGCUUCCUCAACAGCAACUUCCAAAAGGAAGUCAAGACCUUGCUGUACCGCUGCAGCUGCAGCAACGAGAAGGACAAGUACGAGAGCUUUCCCCUCUCUACGGUCAGCACAGAGAUCUCCAAGGCCUCGCUGCGGAGCGGGGUGGGCACUGCUGCUCAUGCCUGACCCCUGGCACCCCAUGCCGUGCCUCUAAAGAGCAGCCAGUCCCUGCCUGAGUGAGACAGGAAGAAUCUCUUCCCUCUGUAUGUCUCCAGCUCCUCUGGCAACUCUGCUUCCCAUCUUAUACCAAACUCUAAUCAGGGAUCAUCUGAAAUCCUCUGGGCCACCUGCUUCAAGUAGGAAGGCCUCAAAACAAACUUUAGACAUGGAAGUGGGGAGGGGAUGGCCCGGAGAAUUGGACAAUGCUGUGGUGUAGUGUGGGUUGCAAUCCCAGCUUGGCCAUACGUUCUUCUCCAUGGUCCAGAGCACAAAUGUUGAACCCACCUAAGCAUAUGGAACUUGGGAUGCUUCUUACAGGUGCACCCAUGGAAACAAAGUUGAAUCUCAGAGAAGAGGGUGGAUGCAGAUGCAAGGGCAUAACCAUGAUUGAACCAGGGGUGGGGUGGGGACAAAUGUGGGGUGGGGGUCAAAAUUAAGAAAUGUGGACAGUUGCUUUGAAAAGCAUUUGCUUCACAUAGGAGCCCCUGAUUUCUCGGGGACCUAAGCAGUGUUCCCUCUAACAAGGAUUCCCAGAUGUUGUUGACUACAACUCCCAGAAUCCCCAGCUGCAGUGGCCUUUGCUUGGGGAUUAUGGGAGUUGUAGUCAACAACAUUGGGGAAUCCCUGGACCUAAGGAACCCUUAAGCACUUGCCACAGAUCUCACUUGCAACAUGAGAUCUGUCCCAAGGGCUCAGGGGUUCCUUAGCCCUUCAAGAAGACCAGGGGAUCCUCAGUAAAGCAAAUGCUCUUCAAAGCAACUGUCCGCAUUUCUUAAUGGUUUCCCCAAGGUGUUCAGAAGCUGGGUACCUCGGAAACCUGCCCUCCGGAAUGGUUCCUCUGCAAGAAGGUUUACAAUGGGCAAGUUCUCUGGCAAGGGAGUUUGCCCAUCAUGACCAGCCUCCUUCUGCCAUUUGCAGCUUCAAGAGGGUAUUGGGUGUGUCCCUAGGCCAGGGGUUCUCAGGUUUGGGCUCCCAGAUGUUAGGCUGGCUGGCUCACACAGUCUUUAAGAGGGUAGGACGAGCAUCCUACCCAAGCUCAGGGGCUGUACAUGCAAUCAUGUGCUUGUACAAAACAAGGUGGGGCUGGGGAAGUGAUUGUCUGCGAGGCUUCCGCUGGUUUGAGGCUUCCGCUGGUUCGAGGCUUCCACUGGUUCGAGGCUUCCGCUACUAUCCUGCCCAGCAGCUGCACCCAACUGUUGAUUGAGGCAGGAGGGGAAACGCUGCCACCCCGUGAGAGCCUCGCACGCCAUCCCUUCCCAACCCACUCCUACCCUGCUUUUUUACAAGCACACGCUCACAAAAUAACCAGCGCAUUUCUGUAGAAGCACACAUGGGUGAAACCGACUGUUCCAGCUGGUUAAGCACCUGAAUUGCCAUGAAAAUGAGGCCAUGUGAUAUGAAUGCUGAACUAGAAAGUUAGGCCUCGGAGGCCGCAAAGAAGCGACACUGACUACAGUGUGGAUGUACUGCUGAGUAGAUGUGCUUAGGCUCGGGAGUGUGGCCCAAAGUAUUGCAGUGCCUGCGGAAGGGUGCCCGAUUCUGCCUUGCCCCAUGAGGGACCAGCUCGCCCCUCCUCCCACAGUGUUCCCUCCCACAGGGGUUCCCAGAUGCUGCUGACUACAACUCCCAGCAUCCCCAAGCAAAAGCCAUUGCAGCUGGGGAUUCUGGGAGUUGUAGUCAAUGACAUCAAUCAAUCAAUCAAUCCUUCAAUCAAAGUCAACAACAUCUGGGAAUCCCUGUUAGAGGGAACACUGGCCCUAUGGUAUGUCAGUCCUAGAAGGCCCCAUAGCAUUACCAAAGGGGAAAGAAAUUACUCUAACAAAAGGGACCAUGAAAAUAGAAACAAUAAAGUUGUAUUUGGCCAAGAUGCAAUGGAAAACUAAUAAUCUAACCAAGAGUUAUUUUGCACCCUAACCCUGUACAUGAAAAUACAUUAUGUAAAACUGGAAAUGUCAUCACACGCCUGUAUUCAGAGACUCCUUGUAAUGUGGGAUCCUAAGCUGUAGCUUGCUUCGCUUGUGCCUAAAUCCGGCCCUGGAUCUGAUUGCUCUGAAGAGCUGCUCCGAUGGCAGCCGCAGGGGGCAUCUUGCUGCCCUGUUGCCGCCCCAGCCAUCUGCCACCUGAGAUGACUGCUUCGCACUGCCUCUUGAAAGGGCUGCCCAUGCCUAGGAUUGUGCUGCACCUUAAGAAAAUCGAUCUCGGGGGUUUGGGCUCUCUGCAUUUCCCCUAGGAAUGGGAUGAUCCACAAUACUCAUUGUUUGCACAUCUGUUGAGGAAGAAGUGACGCUCAUUCCUCAAAUGCUGGAUGCCACAAGCACUGCAUUAAAAAGGCAAUUCAGCAAACACUUUGCACUGCAUCAUGUACUUGAGGACAACAGGAAUGCGCCAAUGUGAGCAACACAGAAUUCACUACCCUGGUAACCUGGGAAGACGCAUUACUUGGAAUACUCUUCACCUUUUUCAAGCUUCCUAUUGAAAGAACUGGCCAGCGGGUGGCCGUCAGAAGGCCCAAUGUGACUGAUUUGACCCUCGAGUGGCCCUAGCAGACUUUUAAUCAUGCUAUCAAGGUAAAAUGUUUGUUCGUUCAUGAAAAAAAGCAAGAGAAUGCCAUCAAUGCCCCGCACCUCUUUUUGAUUUUGUAUCCAACACAUGCAUAAAACGUAAAUGUCCAAAUCCUGGCCGGUUGUGGCUGAGAGCAUGCACUCGUAACUGCCAGGCCUAGACUGCUAGAAGGCACCAACAGUUGCAAGGGCAUCUGUGCAGCAAAUUACUUUAGUAGCCCCUUGGGCCACUGUCUGGAGAAGGGAGCAGCCUUCAAGAAUGCAGACCGUUGGCUGUCCGUACAGUAGCCGCUUGUCCGAAUGAGCCGGCGAGACGCCAAAGGCAGCAGCUCGGGUUGCUCAGCUCUUUCCCACUCAAGAGCCGCGCUGUCUGCAGGCUGAUCAUUCAUCAGGUUAACCACACAACUCUACCUGCCGGAUGGCCAGCCUGAAGGCCGCCUGGCCCUCAGGCAGGGCGGAAGGUGCAACCGAAGCUUUUGGGGAGUGGAGGCAUUUGGGCCUCGUUUGGCUCCCCCCUGCCCCGCCCCACCCCCGGCUCAUUAGGACGAGCCGUUACUCUGCCUCCAUAUGAUUUAAAAGAGACUGGUGUAACCAAGGCCGAUGCAAACAUCUAGAAUGCCAAAUGCAAAUGCCAGUUGCACAGACCAAACCAAGCUAUUGCAAUUGAAAAUGAGAGCUAGAUAAGAACAUAAGAACAGCCCUGCUGGAUCAGGCCCAAGGAGGCCCAUCUAGUCCAGCUUCCUGUUUCGCACAGUGGCCCACCAGAUGCCCUGGAAGCCUACAGGCAGGAGGUGAGGGCAUGCCUUCCCUCCUGCUGUCACUCCCCUGCAACCGGUACUCAGAGGCAUCCUGCCUUAAUUAGAAAGGGUGAAUCGUUCCCCCGCCUCCCGCUGGUGCAUUGAAAAAGCAAACCAGGCGCCUGACAGGAUGGGCGUUCAUCAGCCUGCCGUAUCUCUAAUGCAGCAGAGAUCACAGAUGGCACAUUAGCUGUCUGUUUGCUUAUGAAAUUGGCACCAAUGAAAAUACCACCACGCGCAAAGGCAAAUAUAGGCUCGGCCGGAGCCCCACUCAGCACGCCCUGGAAAUCUGGCGCAUGGGAGCGAACUGAAUCACUCUGUGCGGGGAACUUCUCAUGAGCUCAGAAAACGCGCGGGGAAGGGUCAGCAACCGGGGGGUGUGUGGGGCUAAAGCCAGCCCUUUGAGGGAUGGUGCCUGCAGCCCACACCCCGUUGCAAGCUGGAGGCAAAAGAAGUGUGAAGAAAGUGGGGUCAACAGCCACGAACGGGACUUGUGGGGGUGGAGAUGUUGGGCUUCCACCUCCGCAUGCUUCAUGGCCAUCCAAGGGGAAAAAAUAGCUGAUCAGGGCAAUUAUUUGAUGAACAGAUGAUGAUGAUGAUGAUUGAUUUCUAAAAAAUAAGCCGUCUGAUACUUUUAACUAACUUCUUUAGAGCUGCUGCCUGAAACUGUUCCCUCACCUUGCCUCAUGGAAGGGCCGCCCCUUUCCCACCCACCCCUAAAAGGUUAGGAAGCAGGAAUGUUGCUAAGCACUUAAAAGACCCACGACCUGGGCCCAUAGCCACGCUCUUGAUAAUUAAACUCAGUACAGAUGUCAUUAGGAUGGCCUGUGGCAUGGGGCAAGGUGGAGUUUUUGCCUCUCCGGGUGCCACCGUAUCUGGGGCUGGGUGGGAGAGGGGGAAACCCCUCAAUUCAGGAUCUCAGAAGGACGUUGUGAUGGGCCAGAGUCUCUCCGUCCCAAUCCGAGUGGCAGUGGUGGCUUCAGCUCCUCAAAGGCAGCAGCACUGUCUAAAGCAGGUUUUCUCAACGUGUGGGUCCCCAGAUGUUAUUGGACUUCAACUCCCAUAAUCCCCAGCCUCAGUGGCCUUUGGUUGGGAAUUAUGGGAGUUGAAGUUCAAUUACAUCUGGGGACCCACACGUUGAGAAUCUCUGGGACUCUAAAGCUUUAACGAAUGAAGCCGCGAGGCCGGCCUUGAAUGUGGCACGCUGGUGUGUCUUUUCAAAGCCAUUUUGGCUCUGGGGCAGGAUUGCAACAAGACCGCGGCCUGGCCUUGUAACAGUGAGGUGGAGGAGGGUGGCAUUUUUUAACUGCAAGGUAGGCUAGCUUGACUUCCGUCAAUAUCCCCACCCCAAAGGCACACCCAAUGAGGAUCUGGUGCUAUGCAAAUGGAUCUGUAUAUUGCGAUCGGUUAAUUGAGAAGCGGGCUUGGAAUGACUAAUAACUCACAAUCAUUGCUUAUAUUUAAUAUCUAGUCUGUUUCAGGUGGAUGGGAGAGAGAGAAUCAAUUGAAACUGAAGUGUGAGGCCAGGCAUUGUACUUUGGGAAGCUCGUUGGAAUCUUUCUGGUCCACAUUAUUGCCAGAGAAAUGGUGGUUGCUGGUGGAGUCCACAAGCCAGCUAACCCCUAGGAUGAAAAGCUGUUCGCAAAUAUGGGGCCGUCAAAAGAGCGUCCCUGAUUCCCCUUCUCCUCUCACCCCGUAACAUUGAGGGAUGCUCAGCAUAUGGCAUGACACCAUCAGACUGCGGCUUCUCUUUCUCCCCGGCCUGCUGCUUGGCUGACUCACAAUAAGGCAGUUCACACAAUCGGGGUCAGGCGACCUGCCCAGUUCCAGGAGCUGUGCACACCUCCAGUUUCCAGUUGUGCAUGCACAAACAACUAGGAGGGAGGAGGGGUUGUGUGUGAGAGCGCAGCUGGGGAGGACGGCUUUCCCUCUUACCUUGUUAAAAUGAUGGGUAGCUCCUCCCUCACACAAGAUCCCUCCUACCUAGUUGUUUGUGCAUGCACAUUUGAAAAUUGGGAGUGUGUGCACAGCUCCUGCAGCUGGGUAGGAUGCUUGCCAUAGGGACAGAAGAAGCUGCCUCUAGACUGAAGCUGAUCCUUGGUCCAUCCCGCUCAGUAUUGUCUACACCAGGUAUACUACAACUCCCAUAAUCCCCAGCCACAAUGGCCAAUAGCCAGGGGUUAUGGGAGUUGUAGGCCAACAUCUGCAAGAAGGCUGAAGUUGAGCAGCCCUGGUCUACACCGACUGGAGGCCGCUCUCCAAGGUUUCAGGCUGGGGUCUCUCCCAGCCCCAUCUGGAGAUGCUGCCAGGGAUUCGACUUGGGACUUUCCGCAUGCAGAGCAGGUGUUCUGCCACGGAACUAUGGCGCCAUCCUCAAGAUAGGAGUCUUUCCCAACCCUACCUGGAGAUGCUGCCAGGGAGUGAAGCUGGGAUCUUCUGCGUGCAAGCAGUUGCUCUUCCACUGAGCUAGGGCCCCAUCCUCAAGGGGGAAUAUCUUAAAACAUUGCUCACAUGUUGUCGCCCCUCCAAAUGCAAACCAAGCUGGACCCUGCUUAGCAAAGGGGUCAACUCAUGCUCACAACCACAAGACCAGCUCUCUCCAUUAAUGGCUGCGUGAACAACCCUAGUGCGAUUAUAUCACUUUGUGUGUCAAAACACCCCUAUCGCACAAGGGGUUGAACGAGAUGCAGGGUUGUGAAGUCAAUAGCCCCAGUCCAGAGACAGUUGCAUGCCACACUUGCUGUGCAGGUAGUGAGCUUAUGCAGCACUUGCAGUCAGGUGGUGGGAAAGCAGGUUCCUCUUUGCAUCUGCAUCAUGGGACCAAAAGAAAAGCACAUCUACCCCAUCCGUACCUUGCAGCCGCGGCAGAGGCUAGCCGGCAUUGGAUGUGUGCAUCCACGGCAGCUAAAAUUUGUUUCUCCAACUUCUCCGUUCUGCGGAUGAAUCACUGACCAUUGAUCUGGGAGAGAUUUUAUCCGCGUUAAGUGCUCUGUGAAUUGCCCUGAGAGAUAGAGAUGUUGCGUGAAGCUACUGCUUGGCAGUCUAAAUGGCUCUCUCCGCCAGAUCCCUCCCCCCCAAUCCGUUUUGAUCAGGAGUGCUUUCCAUUUGGUUUAUGGCUUUAAACAAAUAACAAUUUGAUACAGGCUAUUUGGGUGUCUGGAUUUUCAUUCUGGAUGGCAUCGCAAGGGCGAGAAAGAAAAUAGGCUUGUUCACAUGACGGGUAAGCAGGACAGAAGAAAUGCCCUGCCUGGGUGGAAGGACAAAUGUGCUCCUGGUUUUCAGUCGUGUGCUCACAAACGCAGGUAGAAUGAUUGUGUGCAAGGCAGCAGCUGGUGUGGAAGAGUACACUUUCUCCAGAUUCCGUCCCCAGCAAGAGCAUCCUAAGGAUCUUUUCUGCAGGGGGCGGGGGAGCAAGCUCCUGCUGGUGGCCCCGGGUGCCUACUCUAUUGUAAAUGGGUGCACGUGCUAGUGCACGCCCCCUGCAUCAAUGAUAGGCCAAGGAAAACGGGUCCAGUAUGGGGGAAGGAGGCAGUUCCUCCUCUCUCCCGAUCCUCAGCAGUCGGCGCUUCGUUCAACACCGAAUCGGAGCUUUUUUCUCUGCCCGUCAAAGGAGAGGCCAAGAAAAAAAAAGCUCCAAGUCAGCGCUGCCAAGGAUUGAGAGAGGAGCACAGGUGCCCCUCUUCCCAAUACUGACUGGAUCGGGGUGGAGGGACUGCCCUCUCCGGCCCCCUUCCUGUUGAUGCCCACGGUCACCAGCUUUUUACCAAGGUAAGAGGCAAAGCCGUCCUACCCAGCUGCCGCCUCGCACACGAUCCCUCUCCUGGCCUCCGACCUUCAUGUUUGCAAGCAGGUUGCCGAGAAUUGUAAGUACGCCUGCCCGGCUGGUGAUUAUGUGGACAAACCUAAGGGGUUUUUUGUUUCACCAAAAAUGCAAAGAGUUAGUUAACACUCUGAACCUCAGAUCCUACUCCUUGGAAAGGUGACUAAGACAUUUCAUAAAUAAAUGUACGCACACGAACUAGAUUUCCACUAACAUGCCUAAGACUGACAUCUUUGUAAUGAGCAUAGGGUCAGGGUCUUUUCCUCCCACACUUGCUCAAUUUCUGAUCCAUUUCUUAGCCGGUUCUCACGCCCUGGCAAAAAUGCUGCAAUCUUUGGGAGACAAAAAUUAUACUCCGGAUUUUUGCAUUCCCAAGAAUUACUAUUUCAGUGGACAUUUACUAAGCAAGGCAUAAUAUUGAUAAGUAUAAAGCAAACAUUCUAGAGUAUUUGUCUGAGCUGUGUGCUUCCAACGGCUGAAUGUAUCUGAUCUUUUCAUGCAGUGAAGCCUACUAGCUCCUAGGUCUAGGAGCAGAGGGGCUUUCCUGGCAAACCGUGUUUCUGUGUUUUAAACUAUAUGUAUAUAGUGCUUUAUUUAACUGCAUCGGCAUGGAUAUACUUUGUAAGGAGAGAGAAAAAGUCUGUUUUAUACUCUGUGGCUUCCUGUUUAUAGUAUGAUGUCCUUUAAAUAACCUCAAGGUUGAGCCUAUCUUUAAAAAACAUGUUUCCAAAUGUUUUUAUCUUUGCAAAAAAGCAUGUUUCCAAGUGCUUCUGGGUCACUUGCAAUUGCUUACAAAGGAGGAAGGAGCAUUCUGCCCAUGUUCAGAGUUGCCCUUUCCUCCAACUAACCUGGAAGUAUAAAGAGAAUAAAAGAGUAAAGGUG